UUCAGGGUCAACAACAUGGUGCCGUCCAUGGUCUGUGCGAAUUAAUGAUUUGAGUGGAUAUUUUCCUACGAAUGCCUUUUAUUUCUAUGAUAUUUCGCUAAUAUUGUACAAGAGCUAAUGCUGAGGCAUUAGAUUGUUAUUCAAUUGAUUGUGUUCGUUGUUUUUACACUGUCAAAGACUAUUGAACAAGUGUCCAUCUUUGCUGCUUCUCACUCAACUGAUCAUGUCGGGGACAAAUGUGUGGACUCGCAGUCGGGAGAGGAUGAGACGGUUCCCAGAGCUGUUUGCCCAGUGUUCUGGUGAGGCUGCAGCUUAUGGGAAGUGUGUGACAGCUACUACCACAGGCAGACAGGAGCUGAGAAAGGACCUGUGUGGUAAAGAGUUUGAUACUCUAAAGACUUGCUUUGUUACAGCAGCCAAGAAGGGAGUGAAGUAGACCAUUCCGCCCAACACAUCUCUGCUGGACAUAUAGUGCAUUCUGCUGGACAUAUAGUGAAGUAGACCAUUCCGCCCAACACAUCUCUGCUGGACAUAGUUUUUUAAUCGUCAACAUAAACAGGGGUGUAUUCACUAGGAACUAAACGUAAGGAAACGAGGAGGAACCUACCUGAAUUUGUUCAAUAGAAACUCUCAAUUACAUUGUAAAACAUUUUCGGUUUGCAUCCGUUUGUCUGCACUAAUGAUUAGGUCCACUGCCUGGGGUGUAAUGUCCCCGUUGUUCCAUGAACAUCAUGUAGUACUGUAUCAAUAAUGCGAUGGCAGGUGCUGAAAGAUAUCUUGACUAGUCCCACAAGCAUAUGUUUGACCUGUUGUUGGUCCCAGAGGUAAUGCUAGCAUGGUGUUUCCACUACUCUUCAAUAGUGCGUCAAGGUCAUACCGUUUGACUAUGUAAUAACAUGUAACCCACCACCGAAGACUUGCAGGACUGUGUCUUUAUGUAAUGUAGAAAUAUGCAAAUUGG